UAUCAUGGAUUUCAAAUUCAAACUCAUCUGUACAGCCCACUGCACAUACACGGCUGCUCGACUGUGUAAAAUUAGAACUGUAGCUUUAAAAAUGUAGUUGCGUGAUAAUCUCGAGGUGGUGUCUGUGCGAUCACGCUGAAACGAAUGCAUUAAAGCUUAACAAAAGAUGAACGCUUUGUUUGCAUUUUGUAAGGUCCAGUGGUUUCCCGGCGACAUGCAUUAAAAGUAGAAAAAAGCUUCAGAUCUUAAAGUCGCUGAGAGUUAGUUCAAUUGUGUCUCUAUCUGUAUCAUAUUUGAUGCUGUCUCUUCUAUCUUCGCGCAGCCUCAAUCUUACCUAGAAGUCCUCCUAUACAUUGCAAGGGCCAGUCACCGGAAGUUGAGCUGUGUGACAGCUGCAAAAAUAAAAGAGUAACGGACAAUAGAAGCGCGUGAGGACUGCCAGUAUUUUAAAACGAGGUACGGCGUGGUCAACCAAUUUCAAUUUUUCCAUGGACUUAAUUUCAUAAUGGAGAAGACUGAAAAGACGUAUGCAAUGUUCAUUUGGGGUUUUGUGCGAGGAAGAUAAGGGGGGCAGUUCUUUUGUGAGCUGUAUUUGUAACAAUGCGUUGGACUCCGGUUUGUAAUGGAAGAGAACCUAAAUAUUAUGGAGAAUAUUAAUGUUUAGACAGCCUCAACAAAGACGAAACAUGUUACAUAGACUGGCUAUACAUUUGAUUAAAACGGCGUUCUUGUUAUAACUGGGAUGAUACAGGCUGUGCGAUUAAUAAUUGUUUGGCUGCAUAGAUGGCGAACGCAAGUGAGGUUGGAGAAAGGAACACUUCGCUUCAAAAUUAUGCCUUUACAUCUUCUGCUGUGAAGCUGGCAUCCCUCGGGUUGAUUAUCUGUAUUAGUCUGGCAGGGAAUCUGGUUCUUUGUUUCCUCAUAGUAAGAGACCGAAGCUUGCAUCGGGCUCCUUACUACUUUCUCCUGGAUCUCUGUCUGGCUGAUAUAAUAAGGUCUUUUGUAUGCUUUCCUUUUGUGAUGAUAUCCAUCAACAGUGGUUCAAGCUGGAGCUAUAGCAUAAUUAGCUGCAAGAUCAUAGCAUUUGUGGCUGUUCUUUUCUGUUUCCACGCUGCAUUUAUGCACUUUUGCAUCAGUGUAACCAGAUACAUGGCUAUUGCACAUCAUAGGUUUUAUUCCAAAAGGAUGACUCUCUGGACUUGUGUGGCUGUCAUCUGUAUGGUUUGGACCCUCUCUGUAGCAAUGGCAUUCCCUCCUGUGUUUGAUGUGGGCACUUACAAAUUUAUCCGGGAGGAAGAGCAGUGCAUUUUCGAGCAUCGCUAUGUUAAAGCCAACGACACCCUGGGGUUCAUGCUGAUGCUGGCAGUCAUAAUAGGUACCACGCACGUGGUCUAUCUUAAAAUGCUCUUCUUUGUUUAUGACCAUCGUAAAAUGAAACCUGCUCAGUUAAUUCCUGCAAUAAGCCAAAACUGGACCUUCCACGGUCCGGGGGCCACUGGGCAAGCAGCUGCCAACUGGAUAGCGGGUUUCGGACGAGGUCCGACACCGCCAACAUUGGUGGGCAUCAGACAGGCUACCCACAAUCAAAACAAGAGGCUUUUGGUCCUGGAGGAAUUCAAGAUGGAAAAAAGAAUCGGCAGGAUGUUCUAUAUGAUUACCCUUAUUUUCCUACUGCUUUGGUCUCCAUAUAUCAUAGCCUGCUACCUUAGAGUGUUUGUUAAAACGAAUAGCAUACCACAGGUCUAUCUCACAGCCGCUGUGUGGAUGACAUUUGCACAGGCAGGUAUUAAUCCCAUUCUGUGUUUUAUACUUAACAAAGAGUUAAGACUUUGUUUCAGAACCCAUUUCCCCUGCUGUCUGAGCGUACAAACAACAAUGGAGCCAUAUUAUGUUAUAUAACUCCUUUUUUUUUCUUCUCACAUUACAUGAACGACCAGUCAGUGGGAUGCAAGAGAUAUAUAUCUUUGGGGCAACUAGACUUUACAGUAAAUGUUGCCAUUGACAGGUAGACAAAGGGCAAAGUCUUAUUAGAAUUUUUUUUUAAAGAACAUUUGUUUUACAAUUAAUUAUCAGUUUGCGAAAAUAUUAUAAAAAGUGGACUCCUAACACAACAUGUUUUCCACUUACUGCAUACUGUUGACAAGGUUAUUUAUUGUAUAGAUGUAAAUGUUGUACAGUUAGUUUAACUUGUACUAUCUUUCUUAUUAUUAGCUUUUAUUGAUGUAUUAUCUUUGGUAAGAUUUCUUAG